UAUCCCCGCACCUACAUCCCUACGCUCCCUCCCUCGCCCGCCGCCCUGCCGCCGCCGCCCACCCCACAUGCCCUGAUACACGCCCUAAGCGACGCACCACCCACCAUCACCAUCACCACCGCCCAUUAUCGCCGCCCGUCCCCCCAUUCGCACCAGCGUGCAACCACAGGCCGGAUGCCGAUGCGACCGCCUCCGCUCCCAGCCAACACCCGCACCGUCAAAGUAGCCCUGCUUCCCCUCGCGCGGAGCCUCGGAGCGCCCCAGAAGCCGUAGUAGAGCCCGCGUGCAAGCGCUUCCCGACCACUCCACACUUUUUCCGCCCGCCUGGCCUUUGGGCGCUCGUCGCAGCCAACUCGUGUCACUCUAGGAAGCGACCCCGCAGUCGAUUUCACGCCUGACCAUGUCUGGCUUUCGCGCCGUCAACACCACCCUGACUGUCCCGGAGCGGCAGCCAGGCCCCUCUGGUGAGGAGACCACACCCACCACGCCCCGGCCUAGCAAGUUCUUCUCUUCUGACCAUCCGCCAGCAGAAGGGCGUGCCAUCGAAGAAGCCUCUGCGAAGACGCCUACCCGAGACAGCUUUGGCGCAUUUUCCGGCCAGCGUGCCCUCUCCAACGCCUCUCUGGCGCUUUCGCAGGAGAAGAAGCAGCAUCCUCGGCCCGAGGCGCCGCAACACGGCGACUCCACUCAUUCUCACCCCGCGGCAAGCGCGCAAGAUGCGGAAAUGGAUGACGAGGGGCUCGACGCAUCCGACAACGAGAGCGUCAACAGCGACUCGCGGCCGACCAAGAAGAAGAAGGGGCAAAGGUUCUUCUGCACAGACUUUCCUCCUUGUCAGUUGAGUUUCACCAGGAGUGAACACCUGGCCAGGCAUAUCAGGAAACACACAGGAGAGAGGCCAUUCCAAUGUCACUGUAACCGUCGAUUCUCCCGUCUUGACAAUCUUCGUCAGCAUGCCCAGACCGUUCAUGUCAACGAGGAUAUCCCUGGCGACUCCUUGGCUGCAACUGGUACCAGGUUCCAGCGUCAGAUUCGUACAGACCGUGUCAGGCCGCCAAACCGCUCCCGCGCAUCCACCGUCAGCAGCCAGAGUGGCGCCCAUAGCAGAGGACACAGCAGGAAUCUUUCAGCCUCAAGCAUUACUUCGACAAGUUCCAACCUCAGUGACCGGGAUGACGCUCGAAAACGGCCCGCUCCUUUGGCCAUGGCCGGCGAUGGUGCUGCCAGGGCCCGACUAAGCCUCGACACGUAUAACUCUGGCACCCAGUUUCCUGCAUUUGGCAGUCAAUCUCCAAGUGGGUUUAGCACGCCCACAUCGGCCAACUUCUCUCCUGCUACCGGCAGUCCCGGCCCUAGAUAUCCCACAGGGCUAGAUUCUCCCAUCUCAACCGUUCAUAGGUCUCUUACCUGGGGUGGCCAUACCCCUGGUCGCAGGUUGUCUGUGCCUUCUGGUGGUGGUGCAAAUCCAUUUGGUCAAGGACCUCCCGGCGCUGGUGCCUACCCGCCUCCAUACAUAAGCCCAUUGCCGUCAUCCCAAUCCUCUCAGUUUUCAACCAACGGGAGCUUCAUUGCCAGUCCGACUAGUUCGAACUACUCUGCGGAAUCUCGCCGCGAUUCUGUUAGCUCUGAUGCUGAGUGGAGAAGGAGAACAUGGCAUCCUGGGACGUAUUCCGGUUUGGCCCCUAGACCCGCGACGAGUGGAUUAAGUUACUACCAGACUCCCGAUGCUCCUCAGCCGUCCCUGUCCGCCCAGCCUGCUGCGAACCAGCCGCCCACGAGCCAGGUGACGAGGCUGCCGGGAAUUGAAUCCUUCGAUCACGCCCCUCCGCCACCGUCCCUUCCUAGCAGCCAGCGUGGGCCAAGCCCCAUGCAAGUUGAUGGCCCCAAUCGACCGCCAGCAAUGGAACCGUCCACUGUAAAAGUUCGAGAGCACACGCGCAACCCGUCUUUAGACUUAUCACUGCAGAGGGGAAUUCAUAAGUUAGACUUGACCAACUCCACACCGCCGCGGGAGCAAGCAAACUGGAUCAAUUUUGGGCCUGGGGCUGGUCCCGGUCCCACCCAAGUUCAACGGCCGACGACGGCGCCCCAUCCCACCUUUUCCGCUCACCGGACCGCACCGCCUCCACCAAUGCCACAAGGCACUCGCCCUUUGAGCGGCGAAUCAAGUCGAAGUUCUGCCGAACAGCCGGUAACUCCCCGGAAAAAUAAGCGGCAUGGCUGGUACAUGGGACCUCUCUCGCAUCAUGCAUCUCAACAUUCAGCUCAACAUGCCUACAGGACUCAACGCACCUCCCCCGAGGACUCGAGUAGCAGCGAAGGCGUCCCCACGCCUUCGACAUCUUCGCUUGGCGAAUACUAUCCGGUGAUCGUCCAGAGCAACGGAUACGUCGAGGACCGUCCGUCGAGCAUGCAUAUGGAGGACCCGCAAAAGUUUACUUUUCCUCAGCCGCAGCAAGCGGCUAUGCAGCACCAUUCCGCCCAGCAAUUCGGCGCACGAACCGCACAGAUGGGAGGCCAACCCGGGCCUGUCUUUGUCCAAUCCCAACAGGGUCCUGAUGGCGGGAACGACAUGAGACGCCUUGAGGCUCUCGUGGCCGUGGCUACUGGUGAACAACCCACAAUGACUCGACCCUGAACUCCACUCAAUUCUGAACAACACAGCCGAAAACAACCGAUUUUGAUCCAUCUCAACUUCCGCACAUCUUUGCCCGCCUGUCCUAUAUCGCGCGCUC